AUGACUCGUACAUGCUUUAGGGAUGUUUCUGAGAUUACUGGAGCACCAGAAAUGCUUGGUGGAAGAGUGAAAACUUUACAUCCAGCGGUGCAUGCAGGUAAAUGGAUAAAUUGUAUAAUUAUAACAAGUCUUAGGUUGCAUGCGUCCAAAAAAGUGGGUGUCCAUGACUUGAUAAUCGUCGAUAAACUUUUCUACCAGAAUUUUGAAAGGAGUGUUGCCACCUCGUGGUACCCAGAGUCUUUCCUCGUUUUUCCUCUUGAGGAGAAAAGACCCUGGUAGACGCUGGUCACGUGAUCUGCUUAAAUCUAUCAGAUUUCUAAUGAACUAUCUUGGAUUCCUUUACGACAAUCGUACAAAAUACAAAUUAUAAAUAAAUUAAACUAUAAAAAUCAGCCAAAUAUCAAAUAUUUAUUGACCUCAUCUUGGAUUGCUAAUUAAAAAUCUGCUAGAUUUUAGCAGAUCACGUGACCAGCGUCUACCAGGGUCGUUUCUCCUCUCCCCAAGAGGAAAUACCCUGGGUACGAGGUUGGGAGUGUUGCUGGAUCACCAUGCGUUGAAAUCAACUUUUGUUGCAAUUGUAGCAGUUUUGCUCCUCGUGUUGCUUCACCUUUACUCAAGCCUGUUUUUAAGAAAACUUGGAUAUUUUUCUAGGCAUUCUUGCACGGUUGACUAAAGAAGACGAAGAGGAUAUGAAGAAACAAAACUUUCAAUAUAUCAGGUUUGCGGUAAAAUAAAGUUCAGCAUACUGUAGUGAUUUAUUUAAACAUUUUAAAGUUGGUCGUUGAUUGGUAUAUAUCCCAUGGCCAUGCAGAUUUAAAGUAUAGUAUUUAUAUACUAACAUUUUCCUAUUCGUUGUGGCGUCCAUAUCUGUAGUUUUGACAGCUGUUUAGGUAUUUUUAGAUAAAAAUUAAAAACCAGACAUAGUAUAAUAAACCACGCUGCGAAUAUAAAACGAUACCAAACUUCGUUUUGGCACCGCAACCAAUUUAUAGCUAGCUCCAUCCCGCCUUCGCACCGAUAAUUAUAUCUUGUGUUCCAAAGCUAACAAAAGACAAUUUAAAACACCUUCCUGUGUUUUGUAACCACCACCAUGGUGUGUUUUCUAACACAUGGUCUGCUUAGUGUGUAAAUAUUACAAGAAAGGUAUGUAAACAUUACACACCUUUGUGUCUUAUUGACACACCUCUGUAUGUAAUUAAACAUACCGCGGUGUGUAAUUUAACACUCUGAUACCUAUCUAACACAGACACUUUUAAUACUCUGUUCUUCGGUUUCCGUACUGUAGAGGUCUAACUGUACCAGCUAUCACGUUAUUUCAAAUUUCUCUUCUGAAGCUUUAAAUAAUUCAAUAGCGUGUCCCAGAAUAAUAUAAGAAAUAUUAUUUAAUUCUAGUGUGGUCGUUAAUAACUUAUAUCCGUUUGAAGAUACGAUAUCAAAGGAUGGCGUAUCAGUGUCAGACGCUGUUGAACAAAUCGACAUUGGUAGGUGCGAAGUUAUAAAAUUCAAAUGA